UCUUAAUUGAAUAAAGAAUUGAUUUUUAUAAGUGGAUUAAGACCUCCAGCUAGCUCAGAUGCGUUCAGUGCAGCGCAGGCAUGGGCGACGGUGUGGCAAAGAGUGGUGCGUACAAGUAUGACGAUGGUACGAAAUAUAUCGGUGAUUGGAAUCGCAAGGGAUUGAAACACGGCGCUGGUCUAUUAGUCCUUCCGAAUGGAACGCGGUACGAUGGGGCAUUUCAAAAUGGAUUAUGCUCCGGCUUGGGAGUUAUUGUAUUUCCCGACGGAGCAAAGUACGAGGGAGAAUUUAUGCAAGGAUGGUUUCACGGCCACGGUGUGUUCUGGCGAGCCGACGGAAUGAAAUUUGAAGGGGAAUUUCGUGGAGGUCGUGUUUGGGGCUUAGGUUUGGUGACCUAUGCUGAUGGAUCGCAUGGAUUUCCGAGAAAUGAAGGUUUCUUUCAAGAUUGCAGAUUACUGUUCGUAAUCGCCUGUGUUUUGGCCGCGGCCAACGCCGGUUUAAUCGGUGUGCCCUCCGCCCUGCAGUACCAGUCGUACCAGAUCUCGCCGUUCGCCCCGAUAGCGCACAUUCAACCCCAAGCUAUCACGUCGACAUCCGACAAUAUUCUACGAAGCCACGGUAAUCUGGCGCAGGUGGCCACGCAAACGAAGACCAUCGACACGCCUUUCUCUAGCUCGAGCAAGUCCGACAUCCGCGUGACUAAUCCGGCUGUCACUACCUACGCUCAUCUUGCUCAUCCAGCCCCAUUGGCAUAUGCGCCAUAUGCCGCGGCCGCUAUACCCGCGUUACCGGCGGCAGUACGCCCAGCUGCUCUCGGAGUCGCUUACUCGCCGGCCGUUGAAGUGUCUCACAUGAGCUACAGCAGCCCGAUCGGAAUCGCCUAUGCCUACUAAAUCGAUCCAUAUCAAACGCGACUUUACAUGAUACAUAUAUAUAUAUUUAUUCAAACAUCCUCGACAUCUGUAACCACUUCUGUACGUGGCAAAUUAAUGACACUACAAUGUAGGUGGUUACGCAAUAAAAUUGUACUUCACUCUUAA